UUGCUUACUCUUUCGUUCACUAUAGCCGGCACCUCCGCUCUCAUUAGCCAAUCCGCUCAUGACUGGCUCUCGGAUUCUCCCCCUCGUAGGCCGUGGAAAUGUGGUCGCCGCGAUUAUAAUGGUAAUAUGGCUGGACCUAUCGUUUCUGGUGAAAGUAGUAGUGAUCUUGAGUCGGAACCUUUCCAGCCGAUGAGCUUGAGGCUUGGCCCCUUGGUCGAUACUUCCAAAAUCUGUGCUGAUGAUAGAGAUGUUAAUGAUCUGACUAGAGGCAAGCGGCGCCACAGCCCUUUUGACGGUAUGGUAUCAGUCGUUGUCGAACCGCGGCUUACUAGGCUCUCAAAUGAAUCUAGUCUUUCAACUGGCACAACAUCUGUAUCCAAACUCAGACUACCAUGGCAGGCAUCGCAAGCUGGCCAUAGUCGACGUCGUUACCCAUCGUCUCUCAGACCUUCUUCGAGUGCCUCAGUGUCUCUCAUUCCAGACGAGCAGGGCAAUGUAAUUACCCUGACCACGAACAAUCAUCUCCUUGGAGAGGAUAUCAACGAUGAUGAUUAUGAAGAGGGAGAAGAAUUUGAUGAUCUUGAAGACUUUGGUGAUGAGGAUCCAGAUGUCGAGGUUGAUAUGGAUGAGCAGAAGGAGCGUGAUGGUUACAAAAGAAUUAAUAAGGAUAUAUGUGUUUUGAUGAAUUCGGAGGUUGAUGGGUGCUCAAGCCAGCCAGUUUUGCAGUGUUUUAAUUCGCCUUGCGAGGGCUCUUCGUCAGCAUGGCUUGAAUUAGGGAGUGGCGGCCGUCGUCGUCGCCGCAGAACGCAGCAGUGGCGAAAAGGAACAACCUAUGGAAAUCCUCAAACACCAUUGGCUGUUCAUGGAGACAUUGUUGACACCCUGUCUGCAAGGAACGUGGACAGUGAUGAUAUAUGCAGAACUCGACGUCUGCUCACAUCCAUGUCCAUGGUAGCCGAUAUGGAAGAACAUCGCAUUCAAUCUAGGUAA